GCUGUGUGUUGUGUUGUAGUGGGUUUAGAGUUUCACUGGAACGCCCGGCGGAUGGAUACAGAAGAGAGAGUGCGAGAUGCGGCUCAGUUUAUCGAGCUGUGCUCAACUCUCAGCUGCGAUUCUGACGGUGCUGAUGACAGAGUGCGUGUCGCUCUUGCCGGCUCGCCUCUGCAGCCUUUUAACUUCACAUGCAUGCUUCACUCGCAGGCUGAUAGACAGCCGCCGCACCGCCUCUGUGGAAGGAUUUACUGUCACUGCCGCACUGGAAUAACUUUGCUGCUCCCUCGUUUUUUAAUAUUUUCCUCCUCUUUUUCUCUUUUUGCGCCACUCGGCUCGCUUUUUUUUUGCUCCCGUCUUUCGCCUACAGUUGAAAAUCUGAAAGCCUCGCCGUGAGGAGAGACGAACCAAACGCACCAUGCCGCGGAAUCCAAGUUUGGCGAGUAAGAACUACGACUACGACUACCUGCAGCCCUAUUUCUACUACGACGACGAGGAGGAGGAUUUCUACCCUCAGCAGUCCCAGCCUCCGGCACCCAGCGAAGACAUCUGGAAGAAAUUUGAACUGCUGCCGACCCCUCCCCUCUCCCCGAGCCGCCGGCCGUCCCUGUCCAGCCUCGACCUUUCCAUCGCGGAUCAGCUGGAGAUGGUGACCGAGUUCCUCGGGGAUGACGUGGUCAACCAGAGCAUCAUCUGCGACUCCGAUUACUCCCAGAACUUCCUCAAGAACAUCAUCAUCCAGGACUGCAUGUGGAGCGGCUUUUCCGCCGCCGCCAAGCUGAAGAAGGUGGUGUCCGAGCGGCUCGCCACCCUGCACGCCGCCCGGAAGGAGUCUGCGGUCGGUGACGGCGCAGAGCCCGCCGGCCCCGCGGCUGCCGCCGCCGCGGCUGCCGCCGCCGCUACUGCGGCUCUUCCUGCGUGGAAGCUGAACAGCAGCUACCUGCAAGACCUGAACACGUCUGCGUCGGAGUGCAUCGACCCCUCGGUGGUUUUCCCGUAUCCCGUAGCCGAGACGCCCAAGCAGAGCGCAGGGACCCCGCCUAGCAAGGAUUUGGGACUGGACACGCCGCCCAACAGCAGCGGGAGCAGCAGCAGUUGUAGCGAUUCAGAGGAAGAGGAUGAAGGCGAUGAUGAUGAGGAGGAGGAGGAGGAGGAAGAGGACGAACAGGAGGAAGAGGAGUAUAUUGACGUGGUCACUGUGGAAAAGAGGCAGGUGGUGAAACGGUGCGACUCCAGCCCGCUGGAGACCAGGCACCCCAGCCCACUCGUGCUGAAGAGGUGCCACGUCUCCACCCACCAGCAUAAUUACGCCGCCCAUCCAUCCAUGAGGCACGAGCAGCCUGCUGUCAAGAGGCUGAAGCUGGAGAGCAGCGGUGGAGGUGCCAGCAGCCACAGCCACAGCCACAGCAGGGUCCUCAAACAGAUCAGCAGCAACCGCAAGUGUUCCAGCCCGCGAACGUCGGACACGGAGGACUACGACAAGAGAAGGACUCAUAACGUGCUGGAGCGCCAAAGGAGGAACGAGCUGAAGCUGAGCUUCUUCGCUCUGCGGGACGAGAUCCCCGAGGUGGCCAACAACGAGAAGGCGGCCAAGGUGGUGAUCCUGAAGAAGGCCACGGAGUGCAUCUAUAGCAUGCAGUCGGACGAACAGAAACUCCUCUCUCUGAAAGAGCAGCUGAGGAGGAGAAGCGAACAGUUAAAGCAGAGACUCGCACACCUGCAGGGUUGCCGUGCUUAAACUUUGAAUCAUAAUAUUUUUUUUUUUCUUAAAAUAAAAGUUCAAUACUUGGGGGUUGGGGGGGGUUUGGGUGUGUACAGUUGUUGCUGCAUGCAGAUGCAAAACAGAUUAAGUUGUUUUGGAAUCUGGUUUGAUUACAAUGUAAGAAGAAAAAAAACAACUGCCUCAUCUGAUGAAGAUAUUUAAAAGUUUUAUUUUAUUAAUAAAAUGUUUAAAAAUGUGGCUCACACUGUUGGAAGCCUAAACUAAAAUAUUGAUUUUUAUGGUUUGUUUUUUUUUUUGUUUUGUUUUUUUUGUACAUAAUUAAUAUUUCCUAAGAAAAUGUAUUUUUGGAUUUCGAUUGUCUGGAUGUUCAGACACACUGUUUGUUUGUUUUUUGUUUUUUCAUUAUGUUCAUAGAUUCUUUUUCAAAUAUAAAACAAAAAUCUGUUUCUUGAACUUGU